AUGGUCUCUAGCCUUGCCGCGCAGCUCGCGCAAGGGGCCUCGCUCAAUUCUUCUCUCCUGGUUGACCGCUCACGACGCGGACCUACUCAAUCCUAUCUCUUCACGGGCCGCAGCGCGGACGAACACGACUUGGACUCUAUAUAUGCCCUCGGAUGCAAUGGACUACUGCAGCUCGGUCGCCUCAACUCCGCAUUCACGGCGUUCGCGGAUACUCUGUUUUCUGACCAGGCGAAGACGACGGACAGGACGCUGCAGACGAAGGCGCAGAACGAGGAACUGGACAACUUGAUCGCGGAGUUUCUACAGUGCUUGGGUCCGUGGCUGCUCGAGGCCCCGGCAGGAAAAGUGUUGGAGUGGCUCGUGAGGCGGUUCAGAAUUCACGAGUUCAACGUUGAAUCCGUCAUUGCCCUAUUCCUCCCAUACCACGAAUCGCCUCACUUCGCGAAGAUGGUUACUAUCCUUCACAUCCGCGACCACCCCACAUGGCGCUUCCUUCAGCCCUUCGCGAAAGCGGGAAAGUCACUCCCUCGGACCGCCCUCGUCACCGAGAUGCUCAAAUCGCCCGAGCUUACGCGGUCUGCCGUCUCUCUCCUCCCCGCCGCGCUUCGCGCUCAACACGUCCACCGUACCCUCGUUGCAUUCACGGCCGGCACGCUGCUCGAGUACAUCUCACGCUCGGAGGGCUUGUCCGAGGGCGUGCUCGCGAUGCUCAUACCCGCUUUCCUAGCGCCGUUGGAGAAGGACGUGCUCUCAAGGGGCGAAGAAGGUGGCAGGCCUGCAAUGUUGAUCAGAGAGGCUAUUCUCGGGAGUUAUGUCCUGCUGGCCGCUCUCAGUCAAAGAAGCACCCUCACUCCGGCUGCACUUAAAACCGCUCUCGAGCGCAUGGCUGCGGCUGCGACUUCGGGCCAUGUUGAGGCUAGUCAGUUCAUAAACGCGGCCGUGGCGGUAUGCGCGCCGCAAGAGGAACUGGAGACGUUGAAGCUGCCCUUGUCUGCGGAGAUUUCGGACGCCGCUAUCAAGGCGCUCGCGUAUCACGGCUCGGACAAGCUCCUAGGUCCUGUGUUAAAUAGGGCACUCUCGCCAUCAAAGGAAACGCUCUCCGUAGAGAUCGCAUAUCUCGUCGAGAAGCUCUUCACGGCGUCCAACCCGCCAAGUUCUCUCAUUCGCCGCAUCACUGCCCUGCUACUCGCGAGAGCGAUCCGAAGCAAAAAUCGACAUGACGCGGAGCGCGCACUGCUCGCAACGGUUCAACAACGGCAUCUCGAGGUGUUCAAAAGCGCUUGUGACGAGUACCUAACCCGUACCGAGGAAGAAGACGACGAAGACCACACUGCCUUGAGGAAUGAAGUGGAUCAACUUCUAAUCUCCCUGUCGCUGCCGCCGGCAGCCUCCGGGAGUAAACACGCCCUUGCCGAUCCGGACAUGAUCCUCGCUUCCGCACACGCAGACGCGUCCGUCCGUCUCGCCGCCGUCCGGAAGCUCAUCGGCACGCUCAUCGAAAAUUCCUCCAGUACAGACGAGGCAGAGCUGCAAUCUAUCCGCUCAGCGCUCCUCCAGCGCGUCCAUGACACCGACCCCUCCGUCGUCGGCGAGUUAUACGCCCAUCCCGAGCUCAUCCUCCCCAGCAUCGCGGAAGAGGAAAACGACGAAUUCCUCGCGACUCUCGCCGCGCACCUCGAGUCGAGCGGUUCGCGCCAACUCAUUAGGUUGCACCUUACCUUCGUCGCCGCCCACUCCAGCGCGUCAUCGUCUGCCGGGUCCACGUUCGACUCUAACGCCGCAGUGCUGCGCCUAUUCUUCCCCUUCCUGAUAUUCUCUAAGCCGAGACAGAAGAGCGCAGCCGCGGCUUGGGAUGUUGUCCAGGCUCAUGAAGGUAUCGCCGACUCGGCGCUACUGAAGGGCUGUGUCGACGUCUUGAAAAAAUCGGGCGAAAUAACCGGGGAGAUCGCGAUGCGCGAAGCCAACGCCUCCAUCGCGGAGAAGCUAGCAGAGAACCUCAUCGCGUUGAACAGCUACGAACAGGUUAUAGGGGAGGUUAUAGCCCGUCUGCACGAGUCUUCCACAUCACCCAAUGGCCCGCACGCGCGCAUCCUUGCGUACCUCGUGUUACGAUCCUUGCUCAGUCGACUUUCCAGCGAGCAGCAAGUCGAGAUGGCACAUCGAGCUUUGGACGCCAUCGAUUUGCAGUCGCUGGACGCGUUCGCCGAAUCGCUGGCCAGAACACAAAGUUCGGAAGACCCACUAGGUGAUGACGCGCUCAAUCACGCCAUUGUAACGAAGCCAACCAGUCCGAACACGCUCCGUCGCCUACAGGCGUCCUUGUUCGCCUUCUUGCCACAAAUCCAUAAACCAGAGAGCAAUGCGCUUCCUUGGCUCGCUCAGUCUGGAGAUGACCACGGUCUUCGUUACGUCCAACUCAUGCGUAGGUUGUACGCCCUGGCCAACGCCACUGGCACGGUGCCGCUUCUCUCUGCGACGAUCAACCGCAACCUCUUCGUGGCGCUGGCCACGGACUCGCUCGCAUUCCUCGCCGGCAUCUGGAUUCGCCGAGACGGAACGGAUAGCAUCCGUAAGAUCGCGCUAGCGCACGCUGUCGCCUUCCUCGCUGCACACACGGAUAUGCCGAAGCCGGUCGACUUCCAGACAGUGCUUCCGUGUCUGUUGGUCGGGCUGCAAAGUGGGGAUAGACCGAUGCGCGAGGGCGCGAUGUCGUGCGUCGUUGUUUUGGCGCAGCUGGCCACGGCGCAGCAGGCGUCCGCGGUUUAUGCGCUGGAUACGAUCUAUGGGAGCCACUCCGCCGGGUUGCAGUACGUGGAAUGGGAAGAUUCGCGCAGGUACUUGGCAGCCCUUGUCGAACGUCAGGACCAUCUGGUCAGCGACAGCUCUCAAUUGCGUGUCUUCCAUCGCGAGCUUCUGAGCCGAAGCAAGUCCGACUCGAAAAAGGACGGCGGGUAUAAGCAGCGCAUGUUGUGCUAUCUACUUUCACACGUUAGCAACGCGCCGGCGAUGGAUGUGCGCCUGCCUAUCCUCAGAUCAUUGCAGGACGUCAAGCACGUGGUCAAGUUCCAGAUGCUCAUGCCGGUCGUGCAACGUCAGAUCGACUUCGUCGAAGCUCACUCCGAAGUGGCAAACGGAGAAGGCGACGCCGGGUUCGACGAAUUCAUGACAUUGUGUGCGGCAUCAGUAGGCGGUCCUGCAGCGCGAGAUUGCAAUGAGCCAUCUUCGCAGCAGUGGCCUUUGUUUGGGAAGGCACUGCAAUGGUCAUUCGGUCCCGGCAUCAACAUAUGCCCCAACAUGCGUAAAGCGAUGACGGACAACCUGCGUGACCAUCUUUUCGCCGCUCUGAACAACGAACGCAAGAUGGAGUUGUGCUCAGUCCUAUUGGAAAUCGGAAGCCAAGGAGGAGACGUCCGUAACGAGUGUCUCGGUGCGCUAUCGCACUUGUUGAACGAUGUCCCCGUCAUCGUCAAGCUGUUGACGACCGUUCAACCCGCGUCCGACGCUCAUGCGAACCGUAGCGCGAAACGAGCCAAAUUGGAUGGCGUCGUGGAAGAGGAUAGCCUCCAGUCUUUGGCCUUACUUGCAGAGGCUCUCAAUAACAAGACUCUCCCGGCAUCAUUCGACCUUGUGUCAGCUUUGUUGGAUACUUUGUCCAGUGUGGUUCAUUCCGAUGCUACGUUGCAGCUGCAGAGAGGUUACGUGGCUCAACUGUUGAUGUCUGCCCUUGACAACGUCACGUCGCGUCUCGUGGAAUUACCGAAUAUUGAGCCUAGCCCCAUCCGUGCGAGCAUCCUGGUGGAUGUUAUUCGAAUUACCGACAAUCCACAAACUUUCCACCAGGCCUUGCUGCUCAUGGCAACCUUGGCCCGCCUGGCUCCGGACGCUGUCGUGCAAAAUAUUAUGCCCAUAUUCAUAUUCAUGGGCUCAAACGUUUUCCACCGUGACGAUCCCUAUAGUUUCCGCGUGGUGCAGAAGACUAUCGACAGCAUCGUUCCAGUCAUGAUGGCUACGCUGAGGACUUCACACGAACAAAAACGGGACUUAUGGAUAGCUGCCAGGAGCUUCCUGCAACUGUUCACCGACGCGGUGAACCACGUACCUCGUCAUCGCCGCCUUGGAUUUUACUCUCAUCUUGUCGACGUUUUGGGGGCAGAAGAGUUCCUGUCCCCAGUCACCAUGCUUCUCGUGGACAAGGUGGCAAGCAGAGUAGCUAGGCAAAGUAGGGAAGAAGCGCGGCAAUCGCUCAUUAUUCCUCUUGCACUGCUUCAUCGAUCCAGUCGCGCGCUGCAGAUCACGUCGUUCUUAGAUUUCCUCGACGAAGCUUACGACUCUCUUCUUACUGCUUUUGACAUGACACCAGAGCGGAACGUAUUUCUGUCUGCCUCUCCGGAUCCCGACGAAGACCACCCAUCGCGAUCCAAGCAGCUAUUGCGACGCGCGCACGCUCUCCUUGUUCUUGUUGCGGAAAGCUUCAAGCUGGCAAAAGAGCCAUUUGUCGGCCCUGCCUCCGAGGACGCAGGGGUAACUAUUGGCUCAGUGGUCCCCAAGCUUUUACGUACAUAUUCGCUAUCACCUUCUGGACGGGAGAUGGACACCGCCAUAGUUGGUCUCCACCGUACUGCACGUGUGUGUCUCGAGGAAGCGUUGCAAAAGAUGGCAGUUCCAGACUUCGCUCGAGCGACGCUGCAUAUGCUCCGAUCCGGAGACGAUCAGAUCAAAGUCGCCGCGCUUACUUUGCUCAUCGACCGUCUGCAUCUGGUCACCGAGGAUGCACGACAACUUAUUGCCCCUGUGAUUGCGCAGAUAGUGGACGUCAUUGUCGAAAUCACUUCAACCUCAAAAAGUGAGAACCUGAUCCAGGCAGCCUUCAAAAGCUUGAAGGAAAUUAGCAACACGAUGUGCGCUGGCGAAGAAGCAUCCUUGAUGCAGGGAAUUCCUCCUGUUCUCGCCGCCAUGCGGACCCGCAGUGACGCCGCAGCAGCAGUUUCUGUGUUACCUUCCUUAUGCGUGGCUUUGGGCCCACGGGUCAUACCGCACUUCCGGGCAGUUGUUCAGGAAUGCAUCGCGCUUGUGCGCGAAAGCUUCCGGGAUAUGGAGUCGUCUUCUGCAGUGCAUGACUGCCUCGAUGUGCUGAAGAAACUUCUUUCUUCUAUUCCUUCGUUCUGGGGAAGCGCAGAUAUUGCCAUGCUGGUGUCGCUAUACAUGGAUUAUUCCGUCGCUCCAGGGAGCCAAUCUUCACCUGUAGAGGGAGUCAUACGUGCACUUGCAAAACGUGCACCUUCAGAUCUGCUACUGACCACGCUCUGCGAGAUGUGGCCCUCCGGCGGUCUAAAGGAUGUUCGCAAAUAUCUGGCGUACUUCGAAUGUAUGAAACGUGCUCUUCGCAUCGCACAGCGCACUGUGGUAUCCGAACACAUCCGGCAGUUGUUCAAGGUCUUCAUGGCGGCCUUCGACCUUCGGCACGAUGUUGAAUCCGAAUCCAUCGAGGAGGCCGAGCAUCGUGCAAUUGAGGCCUUCGUUGAAUUGACGUCGAAGCUGAACGAUAUCUCAUUCAAGCCACUCUUCCGGCGCCUAUACGAUUGGUCGUUCACUAACAGCAACCUAUCCGCACGUCAAGUCACAUUCUGCCGCACAUUCAUGGCGUUGUUAGAAUACUUCAAGGCUCUAAUGACACCCUACAUGUCAUUCUUGUUGCAACCCUUCAUCGAGAAACUACUUGCAUACUCUUCUGGGUCCGAACGGGAUAGAACCCUGUGGACAUCUGUUAUCCAGGUCCUGGUCAGGAGUCUUGCAUUUGAUGACGGAGGCAAGUGGAACCGGAUGACCCCAUUCUGGAGAGAUGACAAAUUGCGUGCUCUCGUCUCCCCGCUCGUGAAUCAGCUCGCGGUUUGCAUCAACCUGAACAUCGCGGAAGGACGUGAUCUGCUUUCAACCUGCCUCACAGCUGUAGUUGACGCCACUACCGACGACGAUUUGCUCAAGAGUAUCAACCUGAAGGUAUUAAUGCAUACACGCUCGGAAGAAGUCAAGCUGCGGAUUCUUGCCCUCAAUUGCUCCACGACUCUGUGGGCGGAGCAUGGAGGCAAACUCCUCGGUCUUGCGACAGAAACAGCGACAUUUAUUGCCGAGUGCGCGGAGGACGAGUCCGACAAUGUAGUCAAGGCUGCGAUAGAGCUGAAGGAUGCUGUGGAGAGUGUCGCGGGAAGCAUACAGGUGUAA